UAUACUGCAUAUAUAUAUAUAAUUAUCUUUUCUCUAUAAACACUGUGAAGAAGAACAUGAGCUCGAGUUGUUGUAAUAAGAACAUCGAGUUUUUGUAAGAUCUCUCUUGAUCUGAAUUGUUCUUCGUUUUAGAUUCCGGGUCAAACCCUUGAUCGAUUCUCUUACUUAAUAACGAACGGCCUUCUCCGUGAUCAAAGUUUUAAUAUUUUAUUUUAAUUCGACGAAAAAGUCUUUUCCUUUUCUCUUUCUCUCUCUUUUAUUCCGACGAUGGUUUUAGCGGCGAAGCAGGCUCUCUCCGCUAAGAUCGGGUUCUCCAACCCUCUUUCGCGACGGAACCCAUCUUCCCCGCUCCAACGAUCACCUCUCGCCGCCUCGUUUCCAUCGACGGACCUUCGGAAACGCACCGUUUUAGCCGUCUCCAAGCCUCUGCACCUCUCUCCCAUGAGAGCGAAGCCUCCGGCGAGACGCGAGGCCUACGAAGCCGAUAAGUCGGAGCCUCAGCCGAUCGAUGAUGAUGCGGCGGAAACGAAGUCGGAGGCGGCGAAGAAGCUGAAGAUCGGAAUCUACUUCGCGACUUGGUGGGCGUUGAACGUUGUGUUCAACAUCUACAACAAGAAGGUGUUGAACGCUUACCCUUAUCCUUGGCUUACCUCCACGCUCUCUCUCGCGGCUGGUUCGUUGAUGAUGCUCAUCUCUUGGGCUGUUGGGAUCGUUGAGACUCCGAAAACUGAUUUCGAUUUCUGGAAAACUCUUUUUCCGGUUGCUGUGGCACAUACGAUUGGUCAUGUGGCUGCAACGGUGAGUAUGUCAAAGGUUGCGGUUUCCUUCACUCACAUCAUCAAGAGUGGUGAACCGGCGUUUAGCGUUCUUGUCUCGAGGUUCCUUUUGGGUGAAACCUUCCCUACUUCGGUUUACUUGUCCCUUAUUCCGAUCAUUGGUGGCUGUGCUCUCUCUGCUCUUACUGAGCUUAACUUCAACAUGACUGGUUUCAUGGGAGCGAUGAUAUCGAACUUGGCUUUUGUGUUCCGUAACAUCUUCUCAAAGAAGGGAAUGAAGGGAAAGUCUGUGAGCGGAAUGAACUACUAUGCUUGUCUCUCCAUGCUAUCACUCUUGAUUCUCACCCCCUUUGCAAUUGCGGUUGAAGGUCCUCAGAUGUGGAUCGAUGGCUGGCAAAAGGCUCUCUCCGACGUCGGACCUCAAUUCGUCGGGUGGGUGGCUGCGCAGAGUGUGUUCUAUCAUCUCUACAACCAAGUGUCUUACAUGUCUUUAGACCAAAUCUCUCCCUUGACGUUUAGUGUCGGUAACACCAUGAAGCGUAUCUCAGUCAUUGUCUCCUCCAUCAUUAUCUUCCGCACCCCUGUCCAGCCCGUUAACGCUCUUGGAGCUGCCAUUGCUAUCCUCGGAACCUUCUUGUAUUCCCAGGCAAAGCUUUGAUCGGGCAAGACAUGCAGUGUUCCAGUCCGAUGUUGAGCUCGUUGAUUUCGGCUAAAACCGGGGGAAAGAGCUUGAUGUAGAUAUGCGUCCACAAUAAUAAUGAAGAAAUUAUGAGAAUGGAGACAACAAGGUUUAGUUUGUUAGGCAGUUUCUUUUUCUUAAUUAAGCUUUUUGGAUUUAAGUAUUUGAAUUUGGGGGAAUACUGAGAAGAUCACUGCCUCUUUGUAACUAAAGUGGGAAAAUACAAAAUUGUCCCCUUGAGAAUAAAACAACUUUCUUCAACUUGGAGAAUUUUAAAAUAUAUAUAAUAAUAUUUCAAGAUUAAUCUC